GAGGAGAAAUGAAAGUGACCGUUUUUUCCAAUUCAGCCCAAAGCUUUAAGCGCUUAUCUAUUUGGAGCAGGCAUUUCAAACUCUAUCAUUUCAUAUUCUACAAUAGCCAUUAAAUAUAAGGCUUGUCACCUCUUUUUUUAGGAGUUCCUCCAUUUUCAAGUUGCUGCCACCUUCGAUAUGAACCCUCAUCCAGUGGUCGUGACUCAGCCACAGGUUGUGGUUGUUCAGCAGCAGCGCAACCAUUGGCAGACUGGAUUGUGUGACUGUUGUUCCGACUGCGGCGUCUUAUGUUGUGGAAUGUUUUGCUAUAUCUGUUUGGGAUGCCAAGUGGCUGCAGACAUGAAUGAAUGCUGCCUCUGUGGCACAAGUAUGGCAUUGAGGUCUGUCUACAGGACAAGAUACGGGAUCCCGGGAUCCCUCUGUGAUGACUUCUGUACCGUGCUGUGUUGCCCUGUUUGUUCCCUUUGCCAAAUCAAGAGGGACAUCAAUAGGAGGAGAGAACUCGGAAUCUUCUAGGAAGGUUGAUGUACCUGUCCUGAAGUUACAUGAUUUAACAUUCUGAUAACAAAAAAAAUUCUUAGCUUGUAUUAGUAGUUUCUAAGCAGUGUUUGUUUAUGACUGGAGAAGUAUGUGCUCUGCUCAUACAGCUUCUUUAAUAAUGUUCUUUUAUACAGGAAACCUUAUCUAUAAAAUUAACCUUUCAUAUGUCGUUGGCAAUGUUUCUUGAGACUGAGGUGCAUUGUGCUUCUAAUAAACCUCUAUUCUG